AUGGAUUACGAGCUGGUCCACAGCCGAGUGAAGUUCAUCUAUCCCAGUGAAGAGGAGAUGGGAGACCUGACUUUUAUUGUGGCAGAGAGAAAGAACGGCUGUGCAUCUUCCUCACGCAGCUUUAACAUCCUCCUCUACCUCCUCGUGUUCCAGGUGAUACAUCAGAGCUCCACCCCCUCUGGUUCUGGCCCCGCCCCCGCCCCCUGCAGCUCGGGUCCGGUGUUGCAGCCACGGACUCUGAUCCUCACCAGCACAGACGUGUUUCUGCUGGACGAGGACUACGUCAGUUACCCUCUGCCCGACUUCGCCAAAGAGCCCCCAUCGAGGUGA